CUCUCGGGGGUCCCGUGGGCUCCUCUGGCCUGGCAGGAGGCUCCGGGCGAGCCGAGCCGAUGCCGGGGGCAGCCGAGACUCUGCAUGGGGUGUUUUUUUUCCCCCAGCCCCACGUAAUUCAGCCAACUUCUGAGCUUAAAUCCUGUCUGGAAAUCCAACUCUUUGCUUGCGGCGGGUGGAAAGUGGGGAGUUUGCGUCUCCGGGAGGCAGCCGUGGGCCAAACAGCCCCUUUCUGCCGCCCCACCAGAGGGUGAUUUGGCUGUUGAAGGAGGAGACGAGUGUGCGAACCACUGACAGCCGCGCCGGGGAUGUCUCCUGCGGCACGGGGAUAACCGGGACGCUGCUGCCGGAUCCCGCCGGGGACCUGCUAAAUCCCUUUGCCAUUGCCAGGACCCUCCUGCCAACGAACGCUUGCAUCUGCCGGGUUUAGAUUUUAUGGAAAGGAACAAAUUCCCCGUGUGCACCUCUGUCGUCUUUUUUGGUUUUCCCUCCCUCCUUUAUUUCUCAUGUGAAAGGCGGGAGGAAACUCCCCGGUGGGGUUUCGGGGUGUUUGUCAGCGGUGGAGAAUAUUCUGCCCUCGUUCCUUUACUCAGGGCUGCUGGAAGCGUUAGUUAAUGGCUGACUAAUUAAACAAAAGCGGAGAUAAAGGGAAUCUGACCUGGGCUAGGACGGCUGAGGAAUGUGCGGAGCUCUGGCUGAGGAUCUGGCAGAGAGGGGGAGACGUUAACCCGCUCCUACCCCCUUCCUCCUCCUCCCAGAGCCCCGUCCCACCUCCCAGAGCUCCUCCAGCCCCUUCCCACCCCCUCUUCGCCCCCACCAGCCCCCAGAGGGUAUUUAUUUUUCGAAUCCGAGGUAGAUUUGGAGGCUGAUUAGCUUAACUGGCGAUGUCCCGAGGCGCUCGGAUGCUCCAGCCCCUGGCGCACGGGUUGGUGUAAAUCCUCCGGCUGUAUUUUCUAUCUUUUCUGUUUCCCUUCACCUUCCCUGCGGGGAAACGCAAAGCCAGCGGUUUUUAAACGUCCCGCACCAAGUUGAGCGAUGGUCUCCCCAAACCAGGAGACCCUUCGCCACCCAGGAACGGGACUUGUGUCCAGACAGCGAUUCCCCACGAAGGCUCUUGCGUGCGAGGAAGGAUGCCGAGCCAAGGAAGACGGCGUUCAGGAGCAACCAGUUCGGGUGAAAGGAGGGAACAGCCUGGGUUUUCCUUUCGGACACGAUCCUGCCACGGGAAUGGCACGAAAUGCCAGUUCCUCCCAGAAACGGCGGCGGUCGGCCUGACCUGGAAGCUACGGGAAGCCAGCGUGAUGCUCACCGUGGCGGUAAAAGGAUGAACCGAACAAAAACGCCCGCCCCGGGGUGAGGUUUUAUCCAUCGGGGUCUGCAAGGUGAAGUUUUCCUGGCUCAGGAACCCCAUAAACCUGCUGGCUGCUCGCUCACGCCUUCAUUUACUCCUAAUUAACGUCUUUGCCCCUGCGUGGCGCGUUUCAGGAUUCGACCCAGCCCAAGCCAGAGCUCGGUUGUGCCGCAAAGAGCCGGCGAGCGGCUGUGUCCGACCCCUGGGUGAGCAGGGAAAAUGGGGGAUCGCAAAUAUGUAUGAUCCCCCUCAUUUUUGAAGGGGGAGCAGGCCGGAGGUGGAGGCAUCCAGGCAGGGCGAGACUUUUCCUAAAGGAUGGGGGAUUUAGUCAGAAAAAGACCGGGACCGCUGGAGAGGAGGGAGCGCCUUUGCGGAGCACCGGAGCUGGGAUUUCCUGCGUGGAACAAGGGAUUUGUCUCGGGAGCUGUUGAGUUUCGCACCGGGGCAGCCUGUCGGAAGCAGAUUCGGGAGACUAAAAUGGAAGGAAACGGCCACAAUCGCCACCCGAAGGCAGUGAAAGUGGGAACAGCCAGAUCCGCCCCGGCUCCGCCGCUCUCCCCGCGGUCCCCAGGAUCGUCCCUUUCUGUGGGAUGGGGACCUGUCACCUGGCUCCCCGAGGAUUAAACCAGAAAUAGUGGCCGAAAAUGCCAGGCUUCCUCAGGUUUGUUUUCCUCGGAGCCCGCGCGGGAGGGGUGUGCUUCCUCCCCGCCGCCUGCUUUUUACUGACGAACAAAUAAAAACUGGUUUUUCCCCCGCCGACGGGCUUUUGCCGGCCAGACGGCAGGGCUGGAGCUGGAGGCGGCUUGGGGAGCUCGUCCCCGCGGUGGCAUUCCAGCGCUCUGUGUCCCCGGAAAGGGGAUUUUUGGGUGCUUUUUGUGAUAUCUUGAAGCCUGAGCUGCUUCCCAAGUGAAAUUGCCAACCUGCUUGUGGUUCCAGACAUGGAAAAGGAGGGUUAAUUCGCAGUUUCAUCCUCUUCUUCCCCACGGUGAGGAGCGUCGGCGUACGGACACCGGGAAUUGCGCCGCAGCCUGAUUAAAAUCAUCAUUUAACCCCCGUUAAUUGCAGCACCUCCCAGACCGCGGCUCACCGAGGGUCAGCAGAUCCCCAGGAAUCGAACCCUGGCAUCAUCUGAGCUCAGAACCGGCCGGUGGUGACGGAGCUCAGCUGGAUUUGGCAACCGCCGGCGGAGUUGGCAGCUCUGGGCGCCGUUUGCCGGCAGUAGCCGGGACGCCGCGGUGGAAAUACCUGGCGGUACCGGUUUUUCCAGGCCGCGGCGAGGACGUUUCGGCAAGGGGACUGGUCGCCUCGGUCGCCAUCCGCUGCCCCCGCCACCUCACCUACACGGGGCCGGACCCGCAGGACGCUCCGCGUGUGUUUAAUGGGGGGAAAAAAUCAGAGUUUAAGGUCAUCCAGGUGCUUCGGGAGCGUUGUGAGUCGCUGAUCUCUCCCCUCGGCUCACGCUGGGGUUUAAGAGGGUCCAACCUGUUUCUCUCUGGCUCUCGUCCCGGUCGGAAUAUCAGCCGAGCCACGGUGCCCGAGAGCGAGGACUCGCUUUCCAGUGGUGGUAUCCGUCUAAACCUCGAUUUAUAGUUAUUUUUCCUCCCCCAACACAGUUAUUUCUUCCCUUCCCCUCCUGCGCCAGGGUCUGGAGGAGCAGAGACAUGCCUGUCGGAGACCGCGCCGCCUUCCAGCAUCUGCUCCGCUGCAGAAAUUAUUGAAACAACUCAAAAAAAAACCCAAAAAAAACCCCAAACCAAGCUGGAAUUGUUGAUUUAGGGGAGGCUCGACGGCGUACCUUUGAGCUUGGAAGGAUGCAGGCCUCGGGACGGUGUAAACAAGGCUCUAUUGUGCCCGGCUGCGGGUGUUUACACCAGGAAAAACGGCCUCAUGGUCCACCCUGGGGCCCGGCUUCCGCAGCCCUUCAUCCUGGGAGACUCCAAUACGCCGUAAAAAACGACAAAACUUGUAAAUAAACCAAGAAAACUGGCUGCGUGGGGCGGCUCUGCCUUUGCAGCCCGCAGAGGGAAACCGUACAACUUGUCGGGCCAAAAGUCUUCUAGCCGGCGUCACCAUGUUCAGCAAGAAGAAGAAACGCAUCGAGAUCUCGGCUCCCUCCAACUUCGAGCACCGCGUCCACACCGGCUACGACCAGCAGGAGCAGAAGUUCACGGGGCUGCCCCGGCAAUGGCAGGGCAUCAUCGAGGAGUCGGCCAAGCGCCCCAAGCCGCUGGUGGAUCCCGUCUGCAUCACCGCUAUCCAGCACGGCUCGCAGAAGACCAUCGUGCGGGGCAGCAAAGCCGCCAAGGACGGCUCCCUCACCUGGCUGCUGGACGAGUUUGAGAACAUGUCCGUGUCCCGUUCCAAUUCUCUGCGCAGGGACAGCCCCCCCUUCCCGCCCCGCCGCGACCAGCUCUACCAGGAGAACGGCCUCUCCGAGGGCCCGGCCGCUGCCCGGCCGCACGAGGAUGCCGGCAGGAGCAAGGAGAAGAGCCGCCACGGGGCCAGGAACGAGCUAGAGCAGGGCAAGGAGAGACCCCGGGAGAGGGAGGACCAACGCGCCCACCACCACCAUCACCACCACCAUCACCAGCCCCGCGGGCAGGACCCCGGCCCCAAACCCGCUCCCCCCGCCGGCGGCCGCCCGCCCCCUCCCGAGUACCCCAAAACCCCCUCCGAGGGGGACGGCUGGCGGGAUUACCCCGCCGACAGGGACUACAGCGAACCAGCCGACCGGGUGGUGCGGCGGGAGCGUCCCGAACCCUCCGAAAAACGCCCCAAAUCCACCUACGCCGGCCAGACCAGCCCGCAAUCCCCCCGGGACAAACGCCCGCUCUCCGGGCCCAAUAUCCGGACUCCCAACAUCCCCGUCUCCGAAGGGGUGAUGAAGACGGCUCAGCAGACGGGACGGCCUUUUAAUACCUACCCGCGGGCUGAGACCGACCCCGGCAGGGCCGUGGGUUCUCAGGCAGAGCACCGGCCGGGACGACCGCAGGAGGUGGCAUCCAAUGGUCCGGUGAGCGGCAGCGGUGGUGCCGGUUCUUCCCGAGCCCACCCUCCCGGCCCGCUGCCGCCGCCGCCGUCACGCUCCAAAAACCCCGAACCGCCCCAUCCCGGCCUCACCCCGCACGCCUCGGACCCCCACCUCUCUCGCCAGCCGCCCCCCGGCCCCCCGCAGCAACCCCGCUCCCCUCAACGCGAGCCCCAGCGUGUCUCCCACGAGCAAUUCCGGGCGGCCCUGCAGAUGGUGGUGGAUCCCGGAGACCCCCGCACCUACCUGGACAACUUCAUCAAGAUCGGGGAGGGCUCCACCGGCAUCGUCUGCAUCGCCACCGUCAAGAGCACCGGCAAACUGGUGGCCGUCAAGAAGAUGGACCUGCGCAAGCAGCAGCGGCGCGAGCUGCUCUUUAACGAGGUGGUGAUCAUGCGGGACUACCAGCACGAGAACGUGGUGGAGAUGUACAACAGCUACCUGGUGGGCGACGAGCUCUGGGUGGUGAUGGAGUUCCUGGAGGGCGGCGCCUUGACCGACAUCGUCACGCACACCAGGAUGAACGAGGAGCAGAUCGCGGCCGUCUGCUCGGCCGUGCUGAAGGCCCUCUCCGUCCUCCACGCCCAGGGCGUCAUCCACCGCGACAUCAAGAGCGACUCCAUCCUCCUCACGCACGACGGCAGGGUGAAACUCUCCGAUUUUGGGUUCUGCGCCCAAGUCAACAAGGAGGUGCCGCGGCGGAAGUCGCUGGUGGGGACCCCGUACUGGAUGGCGCCGGAGCUCAUCUCCCGCCUGCCCUACGGCCCAGAGGUGGACAUCUGGUCCCUGGGCGUGAUGGUCAUCGAGAUGGUGGACGGGGAGCCCCCGUACUUCAACGAGCCCCCCCUGAAGGCCAUGAAGAUGAUCCGGGACAACCUGCCCCCCAAGCUGAAAAACGUGCACAAGGUUUCCCCCUCCCUCAAAGGCUUCCUGGACCGCAUGCUGGUGCGGGACCCGGGGCAACGGGCCACCGCCACCGAACUCUUGAAGCACCCCUUCCUGGGCAAAGCGGGCCCCCCCUCCUGCAUCGUCCCCCUCAUGCGCCAGAACCGCAUGCGGUGAGGAGCCCGGGGACGCCGGUGACAUCCCGGCCCCCCCCCCACUUCCCCGUCCCUCCCGUCGCCUCUGAACUGGAUUCCUGACUGUGCCACUACUGUCGGGGGGCGCGGGACCCCCCCCACUACUGAGCCGGGGAUGCGGCCCGGGGUGGCGGGGGGGGGGGGCGGGACGCGGCUCGGUGGGAACGACGAUGCCGACCACGGCGAGGCCACGCGGUGACGCGCUCCCGGUGUCGUCCGUGCCCCCCCCCCCCAACUCCAGCUUCCCGGCAGAGAUCUGGGGCUGGGGGCUUGUCCCGCCCCGGGCCCGCUGUCGCCCCCGCCCUGAGGAGCCGUUUGGGGCAUUUCUCCCCCUUUUUCUUUUUCUUUUAAAUCCUGGGGGUUUUAUCCCCAUCCGGCCCCGGGGUUGGGCCACCACCUGCAUCUCCGUGGAGGGGGGGGGACACACGCGUCCCCAACACUACGGCCCCGCGGCCACACUACUGAUUUGGGGUCCCUACCCCCCCCCCCCCCCUCACCUUCCAAACACAUUUUUGUUCUUUUGGGGUUUGUUUGUUUGUUGUUUUUUUUUUUUUUUCCCCUCCUCCCAUUUUGUUUUUUAACAAAGCUAUUUAUAUUGUCGUUUUGUAACGCUGCGGAAUGGGGGGGGGGGG